GAAUGACGUCGAGUGGUUUAAUAACAUGGCGGCGAUAGUGCCGCUCGCUUGAAAAUAAUCUAACCAUCAUCAGAUGGCUAUAAAUUUUUAUGCGAUAUUCAUUUCACAUUAAAUAACAGAUCUAACUAAUGAAAAUGUUAUUAACGUUGAAGCCGGAUCAUAAGAAGCACAUAUUGUUUUUAGUUGAACAAUCAUUACCAGUUUUACAGGACUUUUGCAAGUUAGCUUUAGAUUAUCUGCAGAAAGGCCCGAACGUUAAGAUGUACAAUGCUGCCGCUCAGAAAUUAAAUGUGGAACAAGAUGUAAUUAAAAAUUCAGUAGAAGGUUUGCUCAAUCUCUUGUUGGAAAGUUGCAAAUACAAGCUAAGCGCAGAGGAUUUCCAGGAUUCUAUGAUUGCUUUAGGUUUUACAGAAGAUCAAGAGGCAAUACUAAGUAAAUUAUACAGUGUUAAAAAGGAUGAAGUUUCAGAUGCACUGGAAGAGAUUGGAUUUAAACUGCCUAAGUAUCAUGAUAUGGAAUGGAGAUUUGAAGUACAGACUGCAUCAAGGUCUCUAUUGAAGCAAAUUGCACCACUUAUCACAUUAGACUUAUCGUUAAAGAAUCCUAAUAAUCCAGAUGAAAUUGAGCAUGUUCUGUUACAAACUGAUCCUACUAACUUGCUUCAUAUGACUCAA